AUGACGCCUUAUGACAAGCUCACCGGCUUAUUCUCGUCUGGACUUGCGAGUACGUCCGAGCCAAAAGAUUCAGUUUUGCUGCAACCGGUCAACAUAGAACUUGAGGAGCUGGAUCAUGAUGGCAGGCGUAGCGCAGAGAGGAGACGAAAAUGUCUUUCUAUCAAACCUGUUGCGGUACGUUCAUUUCGUACAUCAAAGAGGCGAACACUCAUGAGUUCAAAGUGUCGAAAACCCGCUGAAUGUUUUCGCGAACCGAGACAUUUGGCCUCCUACUCUUUUGGAGGACUCGCUGGUCCUUACGGAAUGUCAAUGUGA